UUUUCCUUUUUCUUUCUUUAUCCAUUUGUCUUUAUUGUUGUUGAUGAACCAUAGAUGACUUGGCAACAGAAUCUUGUGAUUCACCACCCAACUCUGUUCCUUUAUAUAUACUACCAAAAUGCAAGUUUUGCUCCACCAUUGAAAGCCAUUCAUCUUCUUCUCUGGCCUUGGAGAACAUUUGGGUUUUGUAGUCUUAGAUAAGAUAAACAGGGCUUUUCAAAUAGGAAGCGUUAGCAGAUUUAAUCUGUGUUCAUCCAAUAUGAAGAACCAAUUUCCAGAUCAUGUCAUCGGAAUUCCAGUUAGCUCAGUAUCUUAUACAGUUGAAAAAUCAGCAGAGGAACCUACUUCUGUAUCAGAAACUGCUAGCCCAUAUUUUAUUUCCACUCCUUCAAAGGAAUCACUCAGAUCCAAACAAUAUAGAGUUGACACACUGAUAGAUUGGAUCAACAAGCUGGGAAAAAAAGCUGAUAGUUUCACACAUGGAGUUCGUGAGCAUGUUAGAUUGGGGCCCAAGGUAUCUGCAACUGUAAAGGGGAAGUUAAGGUUAGGUGCCAGAUUUCUUCAAAAAGGUGGUGUUGAGAAGUUAUUCAAGCAGAUCUUCAGUGUUAGAGAAGGGGAGAAGCUAUUGAAUGCUUCCCAAUGUUAUUUGUCAACAACAGCUGGUCCUAUUGCAGGGAUCCUCUUUAUCUCCACUGAAAAUGUUGCCUUCUGCAGCGAGAGAUCUGUUACAUUCACUCUGCCAACACAAGAGUUGAUUAGAACACCUUACAAGGUCAUGAUUCCAUUAACGAAGAUAAAGGGAGCCAACCAAAGUGAAAAUGUGAACAAUCCAAACCAGAAGUACAUACAAGUAGUUACUGUGGAUAAAUUUGAAUUCUGGUUUAUGGGUUUUCUAAUUUAUCAGAAAGCUUUCAAGUAUAUUCAACAGGCCAUCUCUCAAUCUUAAGGAGUCAGUUCUCUAUCAUUAUAACAAGAGAAAUUGACUUAUUCUCCCAGGAAUUCAGCCAAGGUUAAAGUAUCAUGUACAUAUUUCUCGAAUCUCUUUAUGGGUGUGGAGAAGUUAUCUUAAAUGGUCCCCCAAGUGAUGGUGAUUCUCUGUACAAGUCUGGACUGAUCUUUCAGUGCCUCAUCACGAAAGUUUCUGUCAUGAAUUUGAUGAGACCUGAUACUCAAGUGCCCUGAGUAUAAGAUUUGAGAGACUAAAGAAAGGAGGAGGAUAUGAUCAGCUCUCUAUCUUCAAGAGAAGAAGUUCAAGCAAUAUAAAGCACACCCAUGAAGAUAAACUUGUCUGGAACUUAU